AAACACCUAACCUCAUUUUUUUAUUAAAUUCACAAAAAACUAAUAAAAUACACAAUUAAGCUACUCAGGACUGACUAAAACCAUUUAUUUAAACAUAACCUCACUCUUCCUAACCUCAAAAUCGGAAAUGUUGCGAAAUUUAGGCUUAAUUUUCCGCGGAUUUGAGGUAAAAUUCAGCACAAAAGCUUCUCAAGUGUCUGAUAUAGCCCCAAAUGAAGACUUCGUCACCAAACUAUUGAAAGUGGCCGUGAUAGGUGUCCCAAAUGUGGGCAAAAGCACUUUUAUUAAUAAUUUAAUGGAUCGCAAGGUGUGUCCAGCGUCGAGUAAAGUCCACACAACUCGGGCCAAAACCCAGGCGAUUUUCACAGAGGGGGACUCCCAGAUCGUUUUCCUCGACACUCCCGGCAUUGUCACUUUCCAGGAAUACAAAAAAUUUGGCUUGGAAAAAUCCUUUUUACGCGACAGCAAAGCUUCAUUACGCGAGGCCGACAUAAUUGGGGUUAUCCACGACGCUAGCAACAUCUGGACGCGUGAAAAACUCGAUAUUAAAAUCAUCCGUUUACUCGAAGACAACAAAGACAAGCCCAGUUUUCUGGUCAUAAACAAAGUCGACAUUAUUAAAUCCAAACGAAAACUCCUCGAUGUCACGCGCCAAUUGACAGAGAAUUGCAUCGAGGGGGCCCCAAUUCCGGGGAGCAAACCGUUCAAGAGUAGUGAAAUCAAGGGGUGGCCCCAUUUCAGCGACGUUUUCAUGGUGUCAGCCCUCACGGGAAGCGGCUUAGACGAAGUGAGGACUUAUUUAGUUAAAAAUGCGAAACCGGGGGAGUGGCUGUACCCGGGGGAAGUCUGGUCGGACAAGACCGCCGAAGAGAUCAUUGUUGAUAGUGUCAGGGCGAAAUUGUUGGAUUUUUUGCCCCAGGAAAUCCCCUACAAUCUCAAACCCGAAAUGGAGUUUUUCAAUAUUAACGAAAAAGGUGUGAUUUCGAGCGUUGUUUUGGUGCACUGCCCCAGUGAACGCAUUGCAAAGCUCGUGGCGGGGGAAAGUGAAGGUAAAUUACGCCAAAUCAAUGAAAGUCUCCAAGUUGAUUUACAAAAAACAUUUCAUAAUUAUGUAAAAAUUAAAUUAGUUCUAAAAUAAAUUAGAGAUAAGGCCCC